AUGGCCCAGCUCCGCCUCACCGACUUCUUCGGCCAGACAAAAGGGACCACCGGAGCCCCGGGCAAGCGCAGCGGCGGCCGCCUGCUCAAGGCCGCCCUCGCCGGUUCCCCGGUGCACCGGGAGGAUGAGGAUGGUGUCCCGGCGGGGCUCAGCGGCCGCUCGCUGCCGCUGCCCGGCUCGCCGCGCACCCCGGCCCGCGGGGGCUCCCCGGCGCUGCGGGGCCUGGCGGGCAGGAAACGGAGCCGCCGGGAGAUGGAAGCGGGGUCGCCGGUCGGGGCCCGGCUCGGGGAACGGAGCGGGAAGUCGGCGCGGAAGAGGCUGGAGCUGCCCCGGGAUGCGCAGCCGGGGUCUCCGGGAGCGGCCACCAGCUCCUCGCCUCUGGCCACUCCUCGACCCCCGACACCGCUGUCACGGGACCCGGCCGCGUCUCCCCCGGCCAGCACCAGCGGCUCCCCGUGCCGUGGGCAGGACACGGGGACAGAGCCCAGCCCAGGAUCCCCGGGGCCGGCCCGGCGCCUGCAGCGGGAGGACGUGGCUGAGCUGCAGGGCCGCCUGCAGAGGAUGAAGGUGCCGGGCCAGGUCCCCUCUGUCCCCAGCGGGACCAGCAGUGACCUGCGGAGCCGCCUGGAGCGUGUGCGGCAGCUGGAGCUGCGCGUCCGGCAGAGGAGAGCGGCCACCGGGGACACCGGGGCCACCGGGGCUGGGGACACCGGGGCAGCAGCUCCGGGGGCAGAGACCGGGCAGAAGCCCCCGGCGUACCAGCGCUUCCACACGCUGGCCCAGGAGCUGCCCCCGGGGCUGACGCUGCCCUACAAGUUCCGGGUGCUGGCAGAGAUGUUCCGCAGCGUGGACACCAUCACCGGGAUGCUCUUCAACCGCGCCGAGACCGUCACCUUCGCCAAGGUCAAGCAGGGCGUGCAGGACAUGAUGCGCAGGCAGUUUGAGGAGCAGCACCUGGGGCAGAUCAAGGCUGUGUAUCCCAGCUCGUACCGGCUGCGCCAGGAGAAGAACGUCCCCACCUUCGGCAGCGGCGGGAAGAAGAAGUCUGAGUAUCAGCUCACGCUGGAGCCAGUCCUGGGGGAAGAGGAGAAGGUGGAUGGGCGCCCGCACCUGUCGGCGUCGCGGCUGCUGGAGCGCCGGAGGGAAUUCCACCGCAACCUGGUCAACAUUGUCAGGGAGCACCACAAGGCAUUCCUGGCUGCCCUCAGCCCUCCCAUGGUGGUGCCAGAGGAGAAGCUGACCCGGUGGCAUCCCCGCUUCAACGUGGAUGAGGUGCCAGACAUCAGCCCCGCGGAGCUGCCGCGGCCGCCGCAGGAGGACAGGCUGAGCACAGCCCAGGAGGUGCUGAGCACGGCCCGGGGGAUGCUGAGCCCCAAGAUGGAAAAAGCUCUUGCCAACCUGGCCCUCAGAACGGCCGAAGCCAGUGCGGGGGAGCAGGCACUUUCCAAAGCCCCAGCCCCUGCCAGCACCUCCAGCGCGCUCAGAGGGGUGUCCCAGGGGCUGCUGGAGCGGGUGCGGGCGAAGGAGGCGGCGCGGCUGGCGGCGCUGUUGACGCGGGACGCGCAGCAGGAGCAGCGGGUGGCGCGGCUGGCGCGGCUGCCGGCCAUGGCGCGCCUCCUGCGCGGCGUCUUCGUGGCCGAGAAGAAGCCGGCACUCAGCAUGGAGCUGCUCUGCGCCCGCCUGGCUGACAGCUGCCCCGAGCUGGUGGCACCAGGUGAGAUGGAGAAACACGUGCGGCUCUUUGCGGAGCUCCUGCCCGACUGGGUGGGCGUCCACGCCCUCAGGACAGAUGUCUACGUCAAGCUGGACAAAGAGAAGGACCUGGGCCUCAUCACUGAGAGGCUCAACAAGGCGGCCAAGGAGGCUGGAGCCCUCUGAGCUCCCCUCAGGGCUGGGGUUUUUUCUGUGCAAUCUCCUCGAAUGUAGCAAAUCCCGACAGCGCUCUGGGUUCUGGGGUGGGCUGGAGGGAGGCUCGUCCUCG